UCAAGAAGCCAUCGAUAAAAUUCAAAAUACCAAAUUUAGAUAAAUAAAUAUAAGUGAGCCGUGGCAAGAAUAAAUGCAACAAUUUAAAUAAUAGUGCCGAUUAUAAUUUAGCUAAAAGCAGCUAAAAUAUAUAUUUUUACAAUAAAUACAAAUUCUUAAAACUUUUAGAUUAGUAUUGUAAUCGUUUAAUUAAUAAUUUUUAAUAUUUCGAGAAAGAAAACGCAAGAUAAAUGGAAGACGCUGAACUUGAUUCUUCUGAACUUGGCACCCACUCAUAUUGGCAGCAAGCAUAUAUCAAAGAAAUAAACAACUUCGACGAGAAUGGGGAUCCCGGUGAUGUCUGGUUUGGUGAAGACAGUGCCAUAAGGAUAGUUAACUGGAUAUGUAAAUGUGGAAUUGACAAGGAUACUGCAAUUAUAGAUUUAGGUUGUGGGAAUGGCUACACGUUAUCAGAACUCGCGAGGGAAGGCUUCACGAAUUUAUUGGGUAUUGAUUAUUGCCCUGAAGCGAUAAUAUUGGCUGAAAAAGUUGCUAAGAGUGAGUUUCCAGAUUUGAAAUUUCAGGUCUUCGAUAUAACCAGAGACGAUGUGAACAUUCUGGGCAGGAAGUUUGGUGUUGUCCACGAUAAAGGGACAUAUGAUGCGAUUAGCUUGAACCCCGAGAAUCCAAAGGAGCAUCGUCAGAAAUAUAUAGAAAAAAUGGUGGACAUGUUGGAUGAUAAUGGUAUGUUUAUAAUAACAUCGUGCAACUGGACGGACAGUGAAUUAAUAACACAGUUUCAAGAUAAAUUGAAACUAAAACAAGUGCUACCAACACCACAGUUCAAAUUUGGCGGGAAAGUCGGAAGUGUUGUGUCGUCUGUGGUCUUUGAAAAAAAACAGUGAAAUAUAGAUUAUUAAUAAACAAUAAAUGUUGUUUAAGUGCCGGCAAUAAUUAUGUAUUCAUGAUUGUUUUCUACGAUUAAUAUUCGAUACAGAUGUCAUAUUGAUUUAAUACUUUUAUAAAAAGAAAAAAAAAAAACUGCCAAUCAAAGAAAAUAUUAUUAUUGUUGUUUUAUUAUGAAUGUCGUUUAUUAAAUUUUGAUAUUUCACGUUCGUAUUCUGCGGUGAGUUUCGAUUUUCUUAUUUCUGUACAGGUCUUCCAUCAUGGUGGACUAUGCGGGAUUUCCGUCUUUUUUAUUGCACCAGGUGGCGCUUUAAGAAGUUCAGUGUAAAGUGUUUUAAAAUGGCAUAAGAAAGUGAGUUUUGU